AUUCAAUUCAAAAAAAAAGUUUUAAAAUCUAUUUCAUUGUCUGACGCCGCUCAAAGUAAAUUCAAAAUAAUUACAAAAAAAAUUGGCGUGCGUGAUGUACAUAUGAAACAAAAAAAAUCAUAAGAAAUUAAUAUAACAAAAGUGUUAAACCAAAAAAAAAAAAGAAAGAAAAUCCAAGUUCCUUAAAAAAAAAUCCAUACUAAACAAACGGAAAGCCGAGUGAAACAAGAAAUAAAGCGAGAGAGAAAGAAAGGAAAGAGAGCCUAAGGAGCGCCCUAACAACUAACGGCCAACAAAAGUUUUCUUGUUAUUAAUUAUCAAAUAACAAAAUCUCUAUUCAAAUCAAUCAACAAAAUCAAUACAAAAAUGAUUUCACACAGUCCGCCCAUAUUCAGUCACAGUCCACCCGUUAGUUUUCUGGCGGACUUCAUGAGCGGACAUCAGCGUCAAGCAUUGAAUUACAAUGACGAAACAAAUCGAGCAUCACGCUAUUGCCGUCCCCAAGUGAUAACAUUGGCCUCCAAAGCCAUGGUCAAUAAUGCCCAAAUGUCCUCCGCCAACGCCAACGCCAAUGCCUGUGUCUCUGCCUCGGCUAAAACGGGUGCCACACCCCUUGGUGUUGGCAGUCGUUCGGGACGUAGUUAUCUGGAGCGUAUGGCCUCGGCUCCAUUAUUCAAUCAACAACCAAAAUCAUGUCUCAUACGUAAAUCCUGCCUACAUAAGCCAACAAUAUCAACAACAGAUGCUUCUGAUUCCAUAAAUGAUACCAUAUCCACGGAUUGCGAUGUCACUGAUCACAGUAGCUGCCCCAUUGACACCACCACCAACAACAACAAUAACAACAACAGCAUCAGCAACGAUGCCAAUGGACUACAGAAUCAUCAUCAUCAACAUCAUCAUCAGCAACAUCAUCAUGGCGAACAGUGCCGUGGCCCCAAGAAACAUGUGAUCUUUGCCGAUGAUGAGGGCCUAUCAUUAACCGAGGUUCGCGUUAUGUCAGAACCAUCAAAUGUUCCACCAUAUUGGAGCAUGAAAUUUUUGGAACAAAUUACCCAAGGUCUGGUUAGUCCACAUCCGCCAGAUCAAUGGACUGUUGACUUUAAACAGCCAGCAUCCGAUUAUCUUAGCUUUAGACAAAAGAUCGAAAAGGAUUUCGUUUCGCUGGAAAAUGUCAUUGUCAAGGAUGAGGAAUCGAUUGUGGUGGGCACAAUUAAAGUAAAAAAUAUUGAUUUCCAAAAGGAGAUCAUUGUGCGUGUCACCUGGGAUGAUUGGAAGAGUCAACAGGAUAUAUUUUGUACAUUUGCCCGGGCCUAUGGACCGACCACAUGUGCCCAUGUUGUCUUCGAUACAUUCUCCUUUAAGAUAACUCUGCCCCCAUCGUCAAAACGUUUGGAAUUCUGCAUAUGCUAUCGUACCAAUGAUACGGAAUAUUGGGAUAAUAAUGAUGGUAAAAAUUAUACAAUCAGCAAGCGUUCGCCAUUCUAUUAUAACGCCUUGUCGCCCUAUGAUAAGGGACAAAAUCGUAACUCCAGUCAACAAAUGCGUUCAACCUUAACCGAUGCUUUGUCCAAGGCUCAAGAAUCGAAUGGUUGGAGUGCCGGUGAUACAAAUACACCAUAUUGGUAGAUUAAUCCAAUCAAUCCCCCCCCAUCCAAUCAAGAGAGAGACAAAAUUUUCUCAUUUUGUUAGAUAGAUAACCCAAUGAACAGAGAGAGUGUAAAGAUUUGUUUUACUAUAUAUCUAUAUACAUAUAUAUAUAUAUUGUAAAUAGGGCUGAUGGCUUGAUUAUGGUUCAAAUUCUAGAGGACUAAAAAAAACCCAAAAUUUACAUACAUAUAGAGCCAAAAUCAUAGUGAUCCUUUGCAUAUAGCCCUGAUUGUAUGUAUGUGCCAUUUGACUUGUGGGUUAACUACUUUUCGAACAACCCCAAGUUAUUUUUUUCCCCCUUUACCCCCCUUUACCCUCAACUUUUAACAUUUUAUCAAUUUCUUCUUUUUUUUUUUUUUGGUUUUUUAUUUUGUCAAUUUUUGUUUUUUGACCAUUUGAAUGAUAAAUGUCUGUCUGAUGUGAGUGUGUAAAUGAAAAAAACAAAAUCCUGUAUACUUGUGUGAUUGUCUUUAAAAAUAUAUACUAUAUCUCUAUAUGUAUAAUAACUGAUAUUAGGUUUAAAAUAACAAACAAAAAACGAAGCAUAAAUUGAAACAGAAAAAUUAUAAAAAAAAACAAACAGAAAACACUUUCUAAGGCGUGAGAUCUAAUCCUAGCAAACCAUUGUUUCGAAAUUUUCAAUUCAUCUAAACACAAACACAAACACACACACACACAAACACAUGAAUUAACAAU